AACUGUUGCACAGACUCUCAUUGUAGAAUUUGCAUUCAUCACUUCCAGCCUGAUGACUUGAUUUUAAUCAAGACCCGGAGAGAAAAUAAUCUUCAACCAAGCUGAAAGAACUGAACCAAGUGCUCCUGACCACAGGAUGGCUAUGCAAACUGUUAAGAGAGGGGAAAACUCACUGCCAGGGGGCAUUUCCACUCCAAACGUGUAUGUCUAGGAUAGAUGGCAAGACCAACGGGUACAAUGAGACCAAAGGGCAUACAAAGAAAAAAGGGAGGUGAGUUGGAAACAGGAAGUAUGGUCCAUUCUCUUAAGGUGUUCGGCCUCAACUGGAUCCAGUUAGUCCUUUUAAUUGUUGCCCUUCCACUUUACCCGCCCCAGGGAUCUGCUGAAUCUGGACCAUCACACGGGGCAACAGAGUGGCUCUGGGGUAGCUCAGUGGUCCAGCGUUGCUGAGCUGCAACCCAGCACAGCCCCAAACACAAACCAAAUAAAGCCCUAAAAGACAGGAAGGGGAGAACGUGGCCCGAGGCCUCCGUUUCCUUCCCUACAAAGUCUGGAGCUUGGAGUAGGUCAUCACAAGGUCCCACAGGCUCCCCAGUCUGCGCUGCCUCCCGUGUGACACUGUGCUCUGGCCCUUGGUGGAAGCUUUCUGCCCCCUGGGGGCCAUCAGAGGACAGAGGAGACAGGAAGACAGACGUGGGCCACAGCAGAACGGUGCCCUAAGGGACCACUCAUCCUUGGAGGGGGAGAAAGACCACCUUAUUGGAGUCUCGGGGACCCAUGUGGAACUGGAACCCAAGUCCUUGCCCUGGCAGUGGUGAUGAAAAGGCUUUGUGAGGACAAUGACUCCCAGGUGAGUGUGGACAGUAGAGGAAUGGAAAGGGGGAAGGGACUGUUCACAGGAGGGUGAGGGGAGCUGGGCCCUGCUCAGCAGGAGGCCCAGCACACAGGCCUGGCUGGGGCACAUGGGUCUGAAUCUAAAGACCAUGGGAAGCAACUGAAAGCCUAGGGAGAUGAGGAUAUCCUCACUAAUUGCAUUUCAAUCCUCUCACCAUGCAGAGAGUAAAGAAGGUUGGGAAGGAAAAUGACAUUUACAAAGUCACAGGGCAGGAGGCUAGGCCUGUUGUUAGUUCUAUUCUAUGUGACAUCCCACCUGUUCCUAUAUUUGAUCUCUGCUUCUGUGCAUUUCACACACAAGGCAGCAGGUUUUCUAAAUGCCAUCUCACAUACUCCUGGUGACAUCACUAGGAAGCAGAUGCUAGGAUGGCGCCACUGUGUGAUGGAGAAUGAGGAAGACUUGAUAGACACGAGGACUUGUCCAAGGUCACAUGAGAGGACAGGAGAAGGAGCUGGGUUUAAACCCAGCUAUGUCUCCUCAGAGCUGGGACCCUGGCUGCACCCAGGCCUGACAAGGAUAUGGGGACAGUGUUGGGGAUGGCUAUGGACACAUAUGGAAAUGUCAUAGGGCUGGAGGACAGUCAACUGUAGCCCAGGACAUAUGUGGGUUUAUCUGGAGGAAGGGUCAGACCAGGGACUCCAAGACAUGGCCUCCCUUUCUUGGUGAUAGAUGCAAACAGAACUUGGACCCAGUAACCAGGCACCCACAUUCUAGCAACAGCCUCCUCCCAGCUCAUUUGGUGAGAUACGUUGGACGCGAAAGCAUGUUUUCUUGCUUCCCCUGUGGAGGCCAAAGCUUCAGGAGGCCAGGCUGCCAGAGCCCGCCCCCGCUACAGCUCCAGGAAGCCCUGCAGAGGGAACCUACUGAUAAGAAUGGGGUGCUGUUGGAGAUCCUGCUCCCAGCACCUCUGCCCUUGUGUGAACAGACAACGCAGGCCUACACCCGACAAUCCAGGGCCACUGAGCCAGAGACCAUCCACCACCGUUCUCAUGGAGGACAGCAACAGGGGCUUCCAAUCAAGAGCUGUGCUGGAAGGGCCAGGGCCAAGUACCUGUGGGAACGAGCUUGGCCUCAGGGCACAGUCCCCAGAGAGCUUGGAGGACACCCUAGAGCCAGACUGCCUAGAUGAUGACUCCUCUUUCACGUCCAGCACCUCUGGUUCCUCCACCCAACAGGAGAUGGUCAUAAUGUGGGGAAGGGUGGUCUCCUCACUCAUUGGCUUACAGCUGCUUCACAAUUCUGCUCGGAACAUCCAUAGCCAUGUGUAUGUAGCACGCCCUGAUAUGGAGGAUGAAGGCCACUGUGUCCUGGGCUUUAUAGAAAACCCAGAGACCAUGGAGGGAGAGGCCAAAGUUGCAGGACCACAUCUGGUGCUUGGGGAUGCUCCAUCUCAAAUUUCACCACCUCCACCACCUGAGAGAGAGCUGGAGCUGGAAAGGCCUGCAAUGGCAACUCCAGGCCAUCAACCCCUGGUGGCCCCUCAGCCAGCACCACCCACUGAGCUCCUCCUCACACUCGUUGUCACCCCAGAGCUACCCUUGCCUCCCCUGCCAUUUAUUUUUUACUUCUAUUUUAUGUAUUUACAUUUUUGUUAAAAUUUGUUUCUUUGAAAAUUAAAUACUUUAUUUGUUUUUAAAAGAUUCCAUCUAUUGCCAUUAAAUACAUUCUCAGA